CAGCUGGGGCCGCGCGGGCGCGCGCACGUCCACCACGGGCGCGCUCCAACCCACGCGCCUGCCGUCCCGGGCCUCGUAGGCGCGCACCAGUUUCCGUCUCGGGCUCUGGGCGCUUCCGGUCGUAGCGGGGCUCUUGUAGGAGGCUCAUCAGUUCGAGCUGGUUGGCCCGCCAACCCCUCAGUUUACAAGUGAGACUUCUGGAGAGGGGAAAUGACCUUCCUAAGACUGUACAGCUGGUGAAUUGUGGGGCUUCACUAGAAUCCGGGCUUCCUGGCUCAGACAAUGUUCCUUCGAUCAUUUCACAUCACAGACUCAUUCCUCCUCCAUCUGGGAGGUGUCCCUGAUGUUUUUCCUCUCUUAAGACCUAAGGAGAUGGGUCUGGUCUUAUUGUUUCCUAGGCCUAUGGGCUCCUUUAUCAGGAUUGCUUUCUUCCUCAGGGUAUACAACAAACCUCCAGAUGUUGGUCCGUGGGAUUCAGCAGAGGAUGAGUCCUCUAUCCUCCUUUCAUAGGUGAGCCAUUUUUUCCAACUGCUCUUUCACCAUCCACUGUCCUCAUGUCUACUUUACUUCUCAAUCUGGAUUUUGAUCAACCUCCCCCCAAAAAGGCAUUUGAGGGGAAUGCCAAGCACCAAAAAUUCGUCAAGAAGCGGCGGCUGUUGGAACGUAGAGGCUUUCUGAAUAAGAAGAACCAACCCCCUAGUAAAGGGCCUAAGUUACAUUCAGAACCUCCAAAGAAAGGGGAAACUCCUAAAGCCGAUGGCACUUGGAAGGUCCCUCCCUUUCCAAAAAAAAAGAAGACAACUGCCUUGAGCAGUGGGUCAGAUCAGUCCCUGGACAAGAAAGCUGCAGUGCCUUGGCUGACCCCUGCCCCUUCACAGAAGGCUGGUUCUGUUGUGGCUAAGAUAGAUUUGCUGGGAGAGUUCCAGAGUGCCCUUCCAAAGAUUAAGAGACACCCACCUCGCCCCAAGAAGAAGGGCUCCCAGAAGAAGGGCCCUCAGAAGAAUGCCCCACAGAACUCCACCCAAGCUCAUUCAGAGAAUAAAUUUUCCGGAGCAUCCUGGAAGAUGGUGGCAAUUGACUGUGAGAUGGUGGGCACAGGACCCAAGGGGCAUGUCAGUUCCUUGGCUCGAUGUAGCAUUGUCAGCUACCACGGAGAUGUACUCUAUGAUGAGUACAUCCGUCCCCCCUGCCACAUUGUGGACUAUCGGACCAGGUGGAGUGGUAUCCGGAAGCAGCACAUGGUGAAUGCUACCCCCUUCAAGAUUGCUCAGAGCCAGAUCUUGAAGAUACUCACAGGGAAGAUAGUGGUGGGGCAUGCCAUCCACAACGACUUCAAAGCCCUUCAGUACUUCCACCCUAAGUCCCUCACCCGUGACACCUCCCAUAUCCCCCUCCUCAACCGGAAGGCCAACUGCCCGGAGAAUGCCACCAUGUCCCUGAAGCGUCUGACCAAGGAGCUGCUGAGCCGCGACAUCCAGGUUGGGCAAAGUGGACAUUCCUCUGUGGAAGAUGCUCAGGCCACCAUGGAGCUGUACAAGUUGGUUGAAGUCGAGUGGGAACAGCACCUGGCUCAGAAUCCCCCGGAAGACUAGCAGCAGUGGGGACGCUGAUGUGGGGACAGAGGCAGCACUGCCCUAAGGAGAGGCAGCAGACCAGAGGACGCUCUACCAGCUGCACACCUUGGGAAGCUUGUUGGUGGGGAGAGAGGGCUCCCCCCCAGACUUAAUAUCCAUUGAAAUUACCCCUCAGGUGUUGUGUUCUGUGUCUGGUUACGUGUCCUGUGAAAGGAGGAAGCCUCCAUGUCACAUCCUGGCCCUGUUCUGUUUACCUCUUAGAUGGUGCUAAACCACAGGUCCCAAGGUGCUCUGCUCCAAUCGAUCCUUUUCACCAAAAAGGGCGGGGCAUCCUGGGAAUUGUCAUUUCCCAAACUGCCUUACCACUAGGGUGGCCGUUUGUCGCAUUUUAUGCCUUUGUUCUCAAGUAGUUGACAGCACCCUCUUUCAUGCUCAGAAGUAUCCUGGUUGGCUGAUAAGUCGUGUGAUCAUGUUACACAUCCCUGACUGUGCCUUUAGCCCGGAGUCUGCGUCUAGUCUGCGUCAGGACAUCACCUGUUCUCCCCACAUUGACUUCCCGAGGAGCUGCCCCUGGCGAGGCUUAGUUCUCCUGAGGGUUACACAGCAGUAGAGGUGAAGCGAGGACGAUUUGGAAACUGACUUUUCCCAUCUAGGAAAGCAGUUUCUUUCCUAAAGUAAUGGAGGAUUUAUUUAAUUAAAAUCCCACUGGGUAGGUUGAAAAAAAUACAAUGUUUUAAUGAGUUUUAGUCUUUGCUAAACCAAGUCUCUCAAAACUCAAAAGUAUUCCCUUGAUAAAUUUUUUAUAAUGGACAAACAACAA